CUUAGAUGCCCACACACCGAGGCCACGGCCGGCGGGCAUGCAUGCACAGACGGUGCAAGUGCAAACUACAGCAAGCUCAAAUUAGCUAUAGCUAUCUCGAUCAGUUGCCAUCUCCCGCCACUAUUUAAUCUCUCCCGGUCCUCUUCUCUUCCAAACCAUCCUCUGCGCCCUUCUUCAUUGGUCCUCAGUGAAGAGAAAGAUGAGAGCCUUGACGAUGGAGAAGCCAGCGGCAGUCUUCUUGCUGGUGUGGGCUGCUGCCCUGCUGAAUGCUGCUCUCAUGGUGCAAUCGAUUCCUUACGACUACUCGUCAAGCUCCGAGUGCUUGGCUGAGCCGCUGGAGCCGCACUACGGCGGCGGCCUGAUCGUCAACCCGGACUUCAACGCCGGACUCCAAGGAUGGUCCGUCUUCGGGUACGGCAGCGUCGGCGAGGCCACGUCGGCGGCAACGGGCAACCGGUACGCGGUGGCGAGGAACCGGACGCGGCCGUACCAGAGCGUGAGCCAGAAGGUGUACCUGCAGAACGACACGCACUACACCCUGUCAGCUUGGUUGCAGGUUAGCGAUGGGAGCGCCGACGUGAUAGCCGUCGUGAAGACGGCCGGCGGCGGCUUCGUCCACUCCGGCGGCGUCGACGCGAGGUCCGGCUGCUGGUCCAUCCUCAAAGGCGGCCUCACCGCCGCUGCCUCCGGGCCGGCUGAGCUCUACUUCGAGAGCAACGCGACGGUGGACAUCUGGGUGGACAACGUGUCGCUGCAGCCGUUCUCCCGAGAAGAAUGGCACGCGCACCGAGUGGACGCCACGAAGAAGGCCCGGAAGAAGACGGUGCGGCUCCGCGCCCGGGACAACGCCGGCCAGCCGUUGCCGGGCGCGCGGAUGCACGUGGAGCACAUCCGGAACGGGUUCCCGCUGGGCGCGGCCAUGAGCCAGGAGAUCCUGCGCAACCAGGCCUACCAAUCCUGGUUCACCAAGCGGUUCACGGUGACCACCUUCGAGAACGAGAUGAAGUGGUACAGCACGGAGCAAGCGCAAGGGCGCGAGGACUACUCCGUGCCGGACGCCAUGGUCCGCUUCGCCAGGGGCCACGGCAUCAAAGUGCGCGGCCACAACAUCUUCUGGGACGACCCGGGCACGCAGCCCGGCUGGGUGCGCAACCUCAGCCCGGACCAGCUCCGGCGCGCCGCCGACCGGCGGAUCAAGUCCGUCAUGUCGAGGUACGCGGGGAAAGUGAUCGCGUGGGACGUGGUGAACGAGAACGUGCACUUCGACUUCUACGAGGGCAAGUUCGGGUGGCAGGCAUCGCCGGCCUUCUACAGGAAGGCGCACCAGAUCGACGGCGGCGCGCUCAUGUCCAUGAACGACUACAACACGCUGGAGCAGCCCGGGGACACCAAUUGCCUGCCGAGCAAGUACCUGCGCAAGCUGUGGCAGAUCAAGGGGUUCCCCGGGAACGGGAACGCCGCCAGGAUGGCCAUCGGGCUGGAAGGACACUUCAGCGCGGAGCCCAACAUCCCUUACGUGCGCGCCGCGCUGGACGCCAUGGCGCAGGCCAACGUGCCCAUCUGGGUGACCGAGAUCGACGUGCAGCCGGGGCCGAACCAGGCGUGGCACCUGGAGCAGGUGAUGAGGGAGGUGUACUCGCACCCGGCCGUGCACGGGAUCGUGCUCUGGACGGCGUGGCACCCGCAGGGAUGCUACGUCAUGUGCCUCACUGACAACGGGUUCAGGAACCUCCCCGUCGGCGACGUCGUCGACAAGCUCAUCGGCGAGUGGAAGACGCACUCGCACGUCGGCGUCGCCGACGCCGAGGGUUACUACGAGGCGGAGCUGUUCCAUGGGGAGUAUAAGGUCACCGUCGCACACCCGGCGGCCAACUCUACCGCCGUGCAGAGCCUGAUGGUUGACAAGGAGUCGGACAACGAGUACACGAUACACGUCUAAGUGUGUCGUGGUAGCUAGUAGUAGUACUAGCUUAUAUGAACAUUUGGUUAUUGAUUUAGAUCAUGAGUUGUUAAUGCGCCCGGCCAUGAGAUUGCAUUCUCAUUCCUGGAGAGGCGAUGGAUCACAUGUUCAUUCAUAUUACAGCAAAAGGAGUUCGAUUUGUUCUUCUUAAUAACAUACUGCCACUACUAGUACGAAUUUCCAUGCCAUUCCUGUCAUCAGUUCAGUACCUCCACCUCCAUUUCAUAAUUCUUGUCUCAAAUUUGACUAAAAAUGAACGUAUCUAUUCCUA